CACUGAGGUUUCACGCGCGUGUGUAGUUUUACUUCUGGGUUCAGUUCCUAUGCCAUGUUCCAUCAGUCUACAUGUUUUAUCCAUAUGUAGAAAAGUUUUGAAUCUAUCACCGUUACGCCAAAACGCUACAAGAAGUGGGUCGAUAUUAUUUCAUCGUUACAUCUUCAAACAUCGAUUUAUGUCGAGUGAAGCAAAGAAACUGCGCACAGACAUGAAAAAGAUCGGCACUCACAACGGCACGUUUCACUGUGACGAGGUCCUCGCCUGUUUCUUCCUCCGCCAGCUCACAGAGUACAAGGAUGCUGAAAUCAUUCGUACCCGUGACCCGGCACAGCUGGCAGAAUGUGAUGUUGUUGUGGAUGUUGGAGGAGAGUUUAAUCCUAAAAUCCAUCGCUAUGAUCAUCACCAGAGAACCUUUUCAGAAAGUUUCCAUAGCCUGUGUCCGGAAAAGCCCUGGGUGACCAAGCUGAGCUCAGCCGGCCUGGUUUACCUGCACUUUGGGCGGCGGCUGCUGUCUCAGCUCACACAGCUCAAGGAGGAUGACAAGCAGCUGGAGGUGCUUUAUGACAAGCUUUAUGAAAACUUUGUAGAAGAGGUGGAUGCAGUCGACAAUGGCAUUUCUCAGUAUGAGGGCGAGGCUCGGUACAGCGUCUCCACCACACUGAGCUCACGUGUCGGCCACCUGAACCCACGCUGGAACAGCAAGAGCCAGGACACCGAGGAAGGAUUCAAAAAAGCUCUGGCGAUGGUGGGAGAAGAGUUCCUCGAUCGUUUGGACUUUUACAAAUCUUCGUGGUUGCCUGCUCGCGCUGUUGUGGAGGAAGCUGUUCUGAAUAGGCACAAGGUGGACCCCAGUGGUGAGAUUAUUAUCUUCUCUCAGGGUGGAUGUCCUUGGAAAGAACACUUGUUUGUUCUGGAGAGAGAACUACAGGUGACGACGCCAAUCAAGUUUGUCUUGUACCCGGAUCAGAACGGACAAUGGAGGAUCCAGUGUGUUCCCGCUGGUCUCAACACUUUCCAAAACAGGUUGUCGAUUCUGGAGGAGUGGCGUGGAGUCAGAGACGCGGCGCUGUCAGAGCUCAGCGGCAUUAAAGACUGCAUCUUCGUCCAUGCCAGUGGUUUUAUUGGCGGGAACAAGACCCAAGAGGGCGCCUUGGAGAUGGCCCGAAGGACACUGCAGGCCGCCGCCCAGUCUGCGGCCGCAAAUGGAAAAAGUUGACUGAAAGAAUUUAGGGUGAGUCCUUAGUCACGAUUGGACGGAUUAUACAUUUGCAUUAUGUGUGUCCUCGCCAGGGUUAAUGUUUUGUUGAGUUGUGGCAGUUUCGGCAGCCAAAAAGGAAAUUUGGACCGUUUCCCCGAGAACGUGUUAUAACAAGACUAAUCACUGAGAAGAUUUUGUAAAAUUCGAAUGCAGUUUUGGAUACUUUAAACAAAUAAAUGAAUACUGGAAGCUCUCAAAAUAAACUUUCAUUACAAAC